AUGGGCUACGACGAGGGUACUCCUCUCGAGGCCACCUACAAGCCCAUGCGACCCCCAUGGAUUGGAUUGUGGAGUAGUCGCGAAUACAAGGGUCGACCUGAUUGGUGGAAGGAAGCCGGCGUUCAAGACGACUUCGUUCGCAGGGGAAAGUGGCGCCAGAUAUGCCAUCGCUAUAAAGAAGAAGAUCCAGAGUAUUACGAUCCCAAGGUCCCUGAUGGAACUUCUAUUGCCGGUCCUCUUGGCCUCGAUUCAAAGUAUUAUCCCAACAUCACCCUCAAGGGCGACCAACCAGGAAAACUAGGAGAUUUUCAAGAUAAGGUAUAUAAAAGCUCCGCGCAAUAUAAGGCCAUCGCUGAAAAGUUCGACUUAAGCGAGGAACAUCCGGGAAUGGCCGUGAAUCCGUCUUUCAUGGAGCUGAUGAAUUUUCCAAAAUGGCGUCUCGGCCGCUCAGGGAUGACUACUAAUUCCUGGUACCAUUUUGGACCGCGGUUCUUUGACAAACCUCUGAAUGAGGCUGCUCACGAGAAGGGGUUGGCCAUGGCAAAAUAUACUGCCCUACUGAUGUUACCGUGGACAAUGGCUGAAAUCAAAGCAACUGGUUCGGUGCCGUUCGAAAAGUUUAGGCCAAAGACUUUCUUCAAGCGCUACUUCCAGCUGGCAACAAAGCCAACGAUUGUGGCUUUCGCCUGGGGAUUUACUCUUUCUGCAGCUGCAACAAUCCGCAACAAGGAUGACGUCAAAAACCACUGGUUCGCAAGUGCUGCUUUAGGAGCUACGCUCGCCUCCAUGAUGAAAGACAACAUUCCCCUCGGAAUCUCCUUUGGAGUGCUAUCAUUGGUGUUCGGCACAUUCUGGCACUAUGCUCGAGUGUCUGAGACUUCAGUAUAUAGCAAGGUUACGCAUUCUGGCAGUGGAGGACAUUUUGGCGGACCAAUCAUUUGGAAGGGAUUCCAAUGGGGUGACGCAAAAGUACCUGACACGAGAUAUUAG